UUAAGGGGCGGGGCGUCCACCGGGAAUACACGCCCCUCUCGUGCUUCGAUAUUCUAAAGUGAGCCGAGCUUCUGAGCAUCAGAACGAACCUCCAGUCCAGUGCCGUCCCCGAGAAACAUGGCGGCGCUGCAGCACGUCCUCCUUCAGCUCUGCGCGGUUCUCCUCAGCGUCCACAGGUGCUCUCUGGUGACUGUGACAAGCAGGACGCCCACGGUGCAAGUUGAGGAGCAUGGAGAGGCCGUCCUUUCCUGCGUGUACACGGUGGAGCGCGACCGGAACCCCCGGGUGGAGUGGAAGAAGAUUAACAAAGAGGACCCUUCCUUUGUCUACUUCGGAGGCGCUGUUGUGGGGGACUUCAGUGGCCGAGCAGAGAUGGAAGGAGCCAACAUUCGGAUCAAGCAGGUCACCAUGAAGGACUCGGGGCAGUACCGCUGCGAAGUGUCUGCCAAAGAUGACCGGAACCCCCUUGGAGAGGUGACAGUGACACUGUCAGUGCUGGUUCCUGCCAACAUUCCCUCGUGUGAAAUUCCCAGCACAGCACUGACGGGAUCAGUGGUGGAUCUGAAAUGUCGGGAGCAGCAUGGGACACCCCCUUCCAACUACAGCUGGUUCAAGGAUGGCGUUCUCCUUCCAGUCACUCCUCAACUGGACGCUCGCUUUGCCAACUCUUCUUACAUGCUGAACAGGCGCACUGGCACACUGCAGUUCAAGAGGGCCGCCAAGGGGGACACGGGCAACUACUACUGCGAGGCCUUCAACGGCGUGGGAGUCCCCCAGCGCUGCAACCCCAAGCACAUGCAGAUCGAUGACUUGAAUGUGCCUGGCAUCGUGGCAGCUGUGGUGGUGCUGGCCCUCAUCAUCUCCCUUUGUGGGUUAGGCGCAUACUUCGCCCAACGCAGCGGCUACUUUGGAAGAGGUCGCACUAGGAGAUCAUUUUGGAUUCCCCAAUACGAAGAUAUCAAUCAGAUCAACCAGCCAGCGCUGCACAAACCAAUGCAAAUAAAUGAAGCCAACCAGUACCGGGCUCCUCCACAAGAAUACACGCAGGACUUCAAACACACGCAGUCCUUCAUGCUUUAAAAGCAAAGAGGAGCAGCUGUGUGGUAACCUCCAUGAGGCGAUCCCAGAACCACCGCCUCACUUCUUCACUCGACUGGACCUGCAGUCCAAUGAGGAAUCUGAAUGGGAGCUCCCUGGCACUCAACAAGACCACCAUACCAGAUGGGCAGGAGGCCUGGCUAACAUCCAAGACUCUGUUAACCUUUUUUUUUUUUUUUUUUUUUUUUUUAAAUAUACUUCGUGUGAUACCCCCCCCAAAAAAAAAAAAAAAGGUCACUAUGUCAAGUUCAGGGCUUCCAAAGCUUCUGCAGCCCACUAUCUAGAGGUAGUUUAGCAGCCGCUUUCUGUUUUAACAAGGAAUCACUUUGGCUUCAUCAGUCCUAUUAGUUAAGAGAAAAACAUCAAGUUGGGUCUUGCAGGACCCCACCGUGCAAAUCUGCUACCACUCAUUGAGACACAACCAGCCCUGGUGGGCACCCCUCCACAUUCAGGGUAUGGAUAUCCUCACUCAGGCCAUCAUCCACUGUGCUGUGGCGUGUAAAACAAACACACUGAUCCAAAGGCUUUUUGGGGUUAAGACCCCCAGAUGAGGCGAGGGUGGUGGGAAGGGGCUACCAAAGACAAACAAAGUUGGCUCUCAAACCAAAGAUUUACUUUAGCAUUCAGUCUAAAUGCUGGUUUUGAUUUGCCUCUUUCAGUUUUACAAGAGGUCCUGAAUCCCCAAACACAAAUCCAUCAUACCAGACCUAAGAAUAUGGCAUUCUGGGUAUUGCAGAAGCGUUACCUUAACAACAAAAAAAAAAAAAAAUUCUGAUCUUUUGACAAGGUGUUCUGUUACGUGUGUUUUAAUUUAUCUUGCAGACGCUUAGCUUGGUUGAUCCUUUAAGUGCCUUUUGCAUCUUGUGUUGUACACAACUGGAAUUGUAUAUAACUUUGCACAGACCUGUAAAGGAGUGUGGAUGUAUUAAAAGUUUCUUUUUUAUU